AUGGGUUCUAUAGGUUUUUUUCUGGCAUUGAUCUCUCUGUACUUGCUUCCACUCCAUGCACAAGCCGCCACUCGACACUACGAGUUCAACAUCACAACACAAAACGUGACUCGACUUUGCCACACGAAGAGCAUAGUCACCGUGAACGGUAAAUUCCCGGGACCUCCCAUCGUUGCGCGAGAAGGCGACCGUUUGCUUAUAAAAGUCACCAAUCAUGUCCCCAACAAUAUUACCCUCCAUUGGCACGGAAUUAGGCAGCUUCGCAGUGGAUGGGCCGAUGGGCCUGCAUACAUAACCCAAUGCCCGAUCCAAACCGGGCAGAGCUACGUUUACAACUUCACGAUAGUGGGCCAACGCGGAACCCUUUUCUGGCACGCGCACAUCUCGUGGCUCAGGUCCACGCUCUACGGGCCCAUCAUCAUUCUCCCGAAGAAAAAUGAGCCUUACCCGUUCCAAAAACCGUACAAGGAAGUCCCCAUUAUAUUCGGGGAAUGGUUCAAUGCGGAUACCGAGGCCAUCAUUAGCCAGGCUUUGCAAACAGGCGGAGGCCCGAACGUUUCGGAUGCAUACACCAUAAACGGGCUUCCAGGGCCUCUCUACAACUGCUCUGCCAAAGACACGUUCAGAUUGAGGGUGAAGCCCGGGAAGACUUACCUUCUUCGAGUCAUCAACGCCGCACUCAACGACGAGCUUUUUUUCAGCGUGGCAAACCACACGCUAACCGUGGUGGACGUCGAUGCCGUUUACAUCAAGCCCUUCGAAACCGACACGAUCCUCAUCUCCCCCGGCCAGACCUCAAACAUCCUUCUCAAAACAAAACCGAAAUUCCCGGGCGCAACUUUUCUAAUGACCGCAAGGCCUUACGCCACGGGCCAGGGCACUUUCGACAAUUCCACAGUCGCUGGAGUCUUGGAAUAUGAGCCCCCGCUGACAUCAUCAUCAUCGUCAUCAUCAUCAUCCCACCAACUCACGAAAUUGCCACUCUAUAAACCGGCCCUCCCGGCCCUAAACGACACCUCGUUCGCCGCGAAUUUCACGGGAAGGCUGCGCAGCCUUGCCACGGCUCGAUUUCCGGCCAACGUCCCGAAGAAAGUGGACAAACGGUUCUUCUUCACGGUUGGGCUCGGGACGAGCCCGUGCGACGGGAACAGGACGUGCCAAGGGCCCAACGGGACCAAGUUCGCGGCCUCCAUCAGCAACAUAUCAUUCGUGCAGCCCACGACAGCGCUUCUUCAGGCCCAUUUCACGGGCCUUUCGAGUGGAGUUUACAGCCCAAAUUUUCCCUACAGCCCGAAAUGGUUCAACUACACCGGGAAUCCACCGAACAACACAAUGGUGGCAAACGGGACGAAGCUAAUGGUUUUGCCGUACAACACGAGGGUUGAGCUGGUAAUGCAAGAUACCAGCAUUCUCGGAGCCGAAAGCCAUCCACUUCAUCUCCAUGGAUUUAACUUCUUUGUGGUGGGGCAAGGAUUCGGAAAUUUUGACCCGAGUAAAGACCCGAAAAGUUUCAACCUUGUCGACCCGGUUGAGAGGAACACGGUUGGCGUGCCAUCUGGCGGGUGGGUCGCCAUUCGGUUUUUAGCUGAUAAUCCAGGUGUAUGGUUUAUGCAUUGCCAUUUGGAGGUACACACAAGCUGGGGAUUGAAGAUGGCGUGGCUCGUCCUCGACGGCAAACUUCCGAACCAGAAGCUUCCGCCUCCUCCGGCCGAUCUUCCCAAAUGCUGA